CGAUGCACUACGAUAGCGCCAAGCAAAUCGACAACGCGGCCUUUCAACACGUCCGGGACAAUCUGACCGAGCGCAAUGGGCGCUCGGAGGCGAACGAAACGGACCUCGUGUUUCUGCAGGGCAUCCUGGCGAAUCCUGCCGUCACCCAGCUGAUCAAGAUCCAGGACAAGCUCGAGGAAGCUCCAGCGGCGCUACGACCAGCACGGGUGGAGAACGCACCGUUACUGAAGGAGGUGAUCGAUCGGUGCAGUCUGUCGAGGAACCCGCACGCGCGCGAACUAGCCCGCAUCUUCCGGUAUCCCCAUUUUCGCGCCCUCCUCGAGGCCCACGACGAGAUUGGCGAGACGCUGCUGCAGAACCCAGCCCAGAGCACACCGUCGCCAUCGCCAUCGUCGACGGCAGCAGCUCAGGUCGCUGGGCAGCUCAGUAGCAGCAACGGUAACGGUGGUGGUAGUGAGCUAGUGGACGGUGCCACCUCCGCGGAGCUCCUGGUCGGCGGCGAGAUGCCCGGCGAGACGAUCAAGAUGGUCGGGAUCCGGCGGAACCCGGACGAACCGCUCGGGCUGACGGUGGAGGUGGACGAACACGAGCAGCUCGUCGUGGCCCGGAUCAUCGCCGGCGGCAUGAUCGACCGGCAGGGGCUGCUGCACCCGGGUGACGUCAUCCUGGAGGUGAACGGGGUGCCGGUGACCACGCCCGAGGAGCUGCAGGGCGAGAUCUCGCAGGCGAAGGAGUCGGUCACGCUCAAGAUCGGGCCCAGCCUCGAGGAGGAGAUGAAAUCCGCCCGGCUCACGAUGGCCGGUGGACAGGUAAAGAAUGGACGGAACUUAGACACGGGCAAGAAGCUGACGUGCUACAUGCGCGCCCUGUUCGACUACGACCCCAACGAGGACAACCUGUUGCCGUGCAAGGAGAUUGGCCUCUCGUUCCUGCGCGGUGACAUCCUGCAGAUCAUCAACGUGAAGGACCCGAACUGGUGGCAGGCGAAGCACGCCGGCGAGGACGGCCCGACGGGGCUGAUCCCGUCCCAGGAGCUGGAGGAACGCCGCCAGGCGUACGUGCCACCGGAGGCCGACUUCGUGCACAAGAUCGGUAUCUGUGGUACCCGGAUUUCAAAGAAGAAGCGGAAGAUCCUGUACAAAACCAAACAGAACAGCGAGUUCGACAAAGCGGACCUGAUGCUGUACGAGGAAGUUACCAAAAUGCCCCCGUUCAAACGGAAGACCCUGGUGCUGGUCGGGGUGGCCGGUGUCGGACGUCGCACGCUGAAGAACCGCCUGAUCAACAGCGAUUUGGACAAGUUCGGCUCCGUGUUGCCCCACACUUCACGCCAGCCGCGGCCCCUGGAGGAGUCGGGAAAGGCGUACUGGUUCUCGGAUCGCGAAGAAAUGGAGCAGGAGAUUCGGGAGAACAAGUUUCUGGAGUUCGGCGAGCACAACGGUAACCUGUACGGUACGCAUCUCGAUUCGAUUCGGGAUGUCAUACGGCAAGGCAAAAUGUGCGUUCUGGACUGUUCCCCAGCGGCGCUGAAAACCUUGCACAACAGUCCGGAGUUUAUGCCGUUCGUGGUGUUCAUCGCAGCGCCGGGCAUGGAGCAGUUGAAGUUGCUGUACUCCGAGCGCAGAUCUGCCAGCGGAUCGACGAGGAACUUACACUUUGAUCGGCAAAGCUCGAUCCGCUAUAGUUCGCGCCGUGCAAAGACACUGGAGUCGCUAGCAUCGUUGUACGAGGACGAUGAUCUGAUUUCGGCGGUAGAGGAAAGUGCGCUGCUGCAGCGAAAGUACGACAAGUACUUGGACAUGGUCAUUGUGAACGAGGAUUUCGACGACACAUUCCGACAAGUGACGGAAGCACUGGAGCAGCUGUCACACGAGCAUCAGUGGGUCCCGGUGAACUGGAUUUACUAGCGACCCCCGUAUGACCCGCACAAACCCUCACAAACCAUCAAGCAGGAGGGUCCCCGGUCUAUCCUACUCGUAACAGGAAUAUAAUUCGUAUGUGUUCACAUCGUUCGACGCGCGAACCGAUCGGUAAUAGUGCAAAUAGCCAUAAACGGAUGCAUUCAUCAUGCUUAACAAAUCAAUAGAAACGGUAUUCUUCGCGCCACUCGCCUCCCGGACCGUGGACGCACAUUGCCUUUGUGAACUGACUCUCUAUACACUCCAGUUGCCUUACGGAACGGAACCGGACACCGAACCGGUGAAGCGAACGCAUCUUAACGCCGCUCUUUUAGCCACCUGCUGCUCUGAAUAAUCGACCUCCGCGUGGAGGCCUCGCAAGUACGCAAUCAACCCGAACUCGAAUGCACAUGUCUAGCGACAAGCUAUUUUAACUGAAUGCCUUCGACGUUAGUAUUACCCCUUUAGCGUGUAAGAUCAGUCAAUUUCGUCCAUUUUAUUUCGUCCGUUAGUUUACCUUCCGCCCGUACGUGGGUCGGAAGUGAAUUUCGCUUUUAAAUCGCCGCAUCGUGCGUGCAGUAGCUGCAAUCGUAUCUGUUAGAAAAUAGAAGCAAAGUAAUGUAUCUCCGAGGCGAAGGUGGUAGACUUUAAUCGUUCAUCUCAUAAGUCACACUAGAUUCAAUUUUUCGCAUAUUCUCUUGGAAAAGAUGCCGGCCGCCGGGCGGAAUCGAUCGCGCAAGCGUUAACCGUAGGAAGUAUACUUUGCUCUAGCCGUAAGCCACGCGGAUCGAUGGUUCAAACGAUUGUUUAUGGUAAUUUGUUGUAGCAUCUCAUUGGAUUUUAUAUGUUAUGCGAAUAAAGAUCUG